AUGAAGGGCUCGACCUGCGAGAGAAGGGAGACGGCGAAUGGGGCCGCGUGGCCGUGGGUCGUUGCAGCUGCCACAGCUCUCAAGAUCCUGCUCAUUCCUGCCUACCGGAGCACGGACUUCGAGGUCCACCGAAACUGGCUCGCGAUCACGGCGUCACAGCCUCUUUCGACAUGGUAUCGACCGGAGUCGUCGCCCUCGAAGUGGACCCUCGACUACCCUCCGCUUUUCGCUUUUUUUGAAUUUUUUCUCUCGCUCUUCGCACGCUUCAUCGACCCGGCAAUGCUGCAGGUCGAAAAUCAGGACUACGCAAGUCCAAGCUGCGUUAGGUUCCAGCGUUUCACUGUUGUUGCUACGGAUCUGGUGCUUGUCGUCGGGGUGUGGCGCAUGUACACAGCUGCCCAGGCGCUACGCCGAGAAGAGACGCGCCCGCCGCGCUUCGGCUCGAGGUGCCAAGAUGCGCACAGCGGCGUGUGCCGCAAAGAGGACGAGACGGGAUCCACAGAGGAGUGCGGAGAAAAAGGCGAAGAAGAGGCACGAGAAAACGACGGCUGGCCUGCUGUCGCGCUUCUUCUUGUCCUGUUUAACGCCGGUCUGCUGAUCGUUGACCAUAUUCACUUUCAGUACAAUGGCUUCCUCCUCGGCGUUCUCUUCCUCUCCAUUGCAGAUAUUCAAACGGGUCGCUAUUACCGAGGUAGCACUCUCUUCACGGCGCUGCUGUUGCUCAAACACAUCUUUCUUUACGUGGCUCCAGUGUACUUCGUUUUCCUCCUCAGCUGGCUGCGGUCGCACGGCGCGGCUCCAGCGCCCGCCGAGCACUCUGGCACUGAAGCCGAUGAGGCCUUCACGAGCGGCGACGCGCGCCAGUUUUCCGCCUCCGCUUCCUCUUCAAGUCCGCGCCGACUGUCUUUGCGAGGUUCUGUCGCUUCUUGGCUGGCGAGGGUUGCGAAGCUCGCCGCGCUUCUCAUCGCCUUCUCGCUCCUCGUGCUUGCCCCCUUCGUGACCACCGGGCAGCUGCGCGAUUUGCUUUCGCGACUCUUUCCCUUCGGGCGUGGCUUGCUGCAUGCGCAGUGGAGCGCGAAUGUCUGGGCGCUGUACGCCGCCGCGGACCGGCUGCUUCUGCUCGCUCGGGAGAAACUGACGCGUGUCUCUCUUGCGGCAUUGGACGCUCCCUGCGGCCCCACGAGAGGCCUGGUCGGUGCCGGCGCGUUCCAAGUCUUGCCGAGUGUCUCGCCAGCCGCUGCUGCCACCGUCACGCUGGUGCUUUACACGCCGCUGCUCGCUGCCGUCUGGCGGGCCCCCUCGCGGAGGCUGUUUCCCGUCUACGUCGCUCUGGGAGGCUCGGUCUGCUUCGCCACCGGUUGGCACGUCCACGAAAAAGCGAUUUUCCUUGUCUCCCUGCCGCUCGGGGUCGCGGCGUGGAUGGAUUUGAAUCCUCUUCUCCUCGUUGUUUCUUUCCUUCUCAACGCCUUGAGCAACCUCGCGAUCCUGCCGUUGCUUCCUCGCGCCCAUGAGACGCCUCUGAAGCUCACGAUUUUUCUCUUCGCAACGCUGCUGGAGGCGAUCUGUCUCUUCCUCGCGCUGGAGGAGGUGAAGCGCAGAGCUAGGCGCGACACGCCGAUGCAUGCGGGCGCGUCUGCGCAGCUGGUGGACGGUGUCCUCACGUCUCCUGUGCCCUGCUCGUGGCCUUGGCUCGGCGGACCUCCUCCGUCCUCCGCGCGGGUCGCGGCCUCCUGUGUGUCGCGGCAAACGCAGGCGCCCCGGUCUCCUCCGUGCGCGUGCUUUUCAUUUCUGUGCGCUCUCGAGGCGAACUGCGUGGCGGCGGCUGGUGGGGCGCGGCCGGCGCUUCUGCGAAAGCUCGUCAGAUGCUACUUUCUUUUCUUGACUCUCUGUCUCGCGAGCGUGGGGGUCUUGUACGGCCUUCAAUCGGACGUCGUUCCCAACCUCCUGCUCCUCCAGCUCUACAAGACCGAAAUGUCCUCUGCGGCGGCGGAGACCUCGCUGUCUUCGCCCGCGCCCGUGGGAACGCUGGCUCCCUCUGGCCCUCUGCGCCCAGGUGCUGCUGAAGAGGCUCUCGAAGACGCCGACGCGCUCGCUUCGUCCCGCCUGACCGCUCGAGGCGUGCUUGCUCUUAUUCUGCACUACCACGGCGCGGCGCGCGCGGAAGACCACCGUCAGCGGGCGGCCGCGCGGCAGUUCCUCAGUGAGCUCGUUUUGUCGCCUGGCUCCAUGCCCGCGGCUCCCUCUGCGGCGAGCCACUCCGCGGCGCCGGAAGAGGAGCAGAAGGGCAAGCGAGAGAGGCCCUCGCGAGUCGAGGGAGAGGCGCACAAGGUUGCAGGCGGAGGCGAGAGCGAGGAGGGAGUGGAGAUGAAUCGAGUGCACGGCGUGUGGGGCCCAGACGCGCCGCAGUUGCGCUCGAUCUUCCAUAAGUGGCGAGAGGCGCUUGCAUCUCCUGUCUACCAGACACUCUUCAGAGCGCACCGAGUGGUGAAGCGCUUCGAGUUCCUCCCGCUGCUUCUUCUCGUGUGCGCCUGCGCCGUUGGACUGCUGUCUCUCUUCGUGGUGCUGCAUGUGCAUAUCGUGUGCUGCCUCGCUCCGCUGGCGCGGGGUAGCCUCGUCGCGCCAGCGGAAACACACGACGCCUUCUGA